AUGACUCUUGAACAAAAUCUUAUCCCACUAACUUGGGAUGAUGUUAUUAAUGAUUGGAAUAUUGAUGAUAAUCAUAUUUAUUUCAAUUUUGAUGAACAAUAUAAUUAUUUAACAUAUUUUCCUUUGUAUGUUAAAUUUGCUACUACAUCAGUUCAACAUAGACAUACACUUUUUCAAAUUUUUGAUUCUUUAAAAUAUCUUUGUAAGACAGAUAAAGAAUUUAAUCUUUUAUUUUGGAAAUAUUUAAUGAAAACAAAACCAUUACCUUCAAGAGAAGUAGUUCCAAUUACUCUUCCACAACCUGAUAGUGAAAAAUGUUUUUUUAAUUUAGAAUUAAAAUUUCAACAAAAUAAAAUUAUGAUUGAAUUUCAUUCAGAAUUAGCUUUGUUUAGAGAUAGAGAAAUACCUAGUAAUACAACAAAUAGACAUAAUUCAAUCCAAUCAUUAUUUAAUGAUAAAAUUAGUGCAUUAGUAUUACCAUUAGCAAGAUAUGAUCAUAAUUCUAUUCAACAACAAAUUGCUACUGUUGCAAAAUAUGAUGUAUUAUUUGGAAGUUAUAAUCAUCAAUUAUUAGAAAUUAAUAAAAAACAUUCAAUUAUGGAAUAUGGUGAUUUUUUUAUUACUAUGCAUAGUAAUUUAUUUUAUAAUAUGAUUCUUCAUUGUAAAUUUCAACAACCUUUUAUUUUAGAAAAUCCAUCAAAGAAUCAAAGAUUUUAUUCUAAUCUUAUAUUUUAUUUACAUCGUUGUAAAACUAAUGAUUUAUAUUUUUGUAUGCAUGAAUUAGAUACUUCUGAAUUACCUAAACGUAUUAUUUCUGUAUUUUCUGCUGUACGUCAAGCAAUUUUAUAUGAUGGUUAUACCUCACUUAGAAAAAUUGUAUUUAUUUGUCCUGAUACAGACCUUAAUCUUUUACAAUUAAAAACAAAUUUUGAUGAAUCAUUUCUUAAUUAA